UCAUCAAAGUCCUCAUUAUAGAAAAUGGCAUCCCAAAGAGAUAUCAAUGCAAGGGCUGAUGAGAUCUUGCACCAACAUGACCAAGAACAGAGCCUAAGCCAAGGUGGCCACGCCCAGGCAGUGAGACCUGCAUCACAAGAUCUAUCAAGCCAAGACUCUGAUCAACAAUCCUACCUUUCAAAGACUGGGGAGAGCUUGAAGAACGCUGCUGGUGGAGCAGUAAACCUGGCCCAAGGUGCAGCUGCAGGAGCAGUAAACCUGGCUCAGGGUGCAGCAGCGUCUGUCAAGAACACUCUUGGUGUUAACUCUGAAUCCAACAACCCAAGCGCUAACACUGCAGCAACCGCAGCUAACCACCCAAGCGGUAACAACGCAGCCGCCGCAGCAGCGGCAGCUAACCACCCAAGCGGUAACAGCGCAGCCGCAGCAGCAGCUGCAGCCGCCGCUAACCACCCAAGUGGUUACACUGCAGCGGGGGCUAACCACCCAAACAACCCUUCCAACAGGUUCUAAAAAACCUGACCUGACCUGACCUGACCUCUGAAGAAUAAAAAGAAGAAACGUCCACAACUUAUAACACUGUUUCCGUAUUUUCUCUUGUUUUUUUCGUUAUAUUAUCAUGUCAUGAAAUCAUCAUGAAGUGUUUUUAUUUAACUGUUAUUAUGUUUUGUUUUGUUUUUAUAUAUAAUUUGUUUGUUGUUGUAGUUGUUUAAAGAUGCAAAGGAAAUGCAUCGUGUAAUUGUUUAUGGGUUAUGGGAAUAAUUGAGAAAUGUAGCUAUUUGAGAAAUGGAAUCAGCUAUUAUUUAAUUAUUGUUAGAGUUGCAUCUUUCUUUUUCUU